AUGGUUGGCUUGCACAGUCUUCAAAUCACCACGAUGGCAUCGUUUACGACUCCUGCCGUGAGCCAGAACAGCAAAGGAUGGGGCCCCACGGACCUCCCCAAGCAGUUCCUGAACAUUCCCUACGCCCCCUUCGGUAAGCUAGACAAGCUGGGCAAGGCUGCCGAUUUCACGGCGCAGUACCAGUCCGCGAACCCGAACCGACCUGCCCGCUACCAGCGCACCAACGAUCCGUCGGGCGUGAACGCCGAGUUCCAAUACAAACACGACACGAUCGAAGACCAGUCGUUCCAACUGGUGGACACGGCCAAGGCCACCCGCAACAACACACGACUCCGUCCGACGUGGGGCCAACAACGCUUUGCCGCGAACCGCCUCAACAACCGCAACGGCAAGACCCCUGGGCAAGGCCCGCCCGUGUUGGAAUCGCAAAGCCAAAUGAUGAAGAAGGGACAGCAGAAACAGAACAAGCGAUGGGAUCGUCUGUCCAAUGCCCGCCGCAUGUUUUCGACCAAGCGCCGCGACGGCGAGACCAAGGAACGCAUGGCGUCAGUCCAAGUGAGCACCGAGUGGAAGUUGGUGCAGCAGUUCGAGCUCAUGCAGCUGAUGAAGCUGCAAGCCAACAUCCCUCCCUCGGAGGACCUCAAGACGCUCGGUACGCUGCACAAGUACGACGACAACUUCGACCGCAUCUCAGCCCGCACUGCCAAGCCGUUGGCGCGCUUCGAAGUCAAGGAGAACGUCGCGGUCACGACAACCGAAGACCCCGUCAUUGAAUCGUUGGCCACCGAAGGCGCAGGCACUGUGUUUGCCACGGACGCCAUCUUGGCGCACCUGAUGAGCUGUCCUCGGUCCGUGUACCCGUGGGACAUUGUCGUGCAGCGCGUGAACAACCUGCUCUUUUUCGACAAGCGCGACAUCUCUUCCGGCGUGGAUCUCUUGUCAGUUAACGAAACGGCGCUGGAACCCCCCAACCCGGACGAGCCCGACAGCGUCAACCACCCCGACCGUCUCGCCGUGGAAGCCACCGACAUCAACACGUUCUUUGCCCACCAAGUGCUUCGCCCGGCCGCCGAGUUUUCCAAGGCAUAUGGCCCCAACCCGUUCCCGGAUAACACGGCCCCUGUCGCAUACAAGUACCGGCGGUGGGCCCUCAACGAGUCUGUGAACCUCGUCGCACGAUGCGAAGUCAACGCGUUGUCCCUUAAGGGCGACGUUGAGCAAACCGUCAAAACGUUCGCAUUGAAUGAAUGGGAUCCCAAGCUCAGCGGCAGCAUUGACUGGCGCAAGAAGAUUGAUUCACAGGUUUGUCCUGUUUACUUUUAUAUAUAUAUAGUGGUUCUAUAUCUACCUUGUGUGCCAAAUAGUAUUAUCCAUCCAUAUUAUUUACUGCAUGUUAUAUGAAUGAUGGCUUGCAACCAUUUCACUUUUUUGAAUACAAGUUACUUAUAUUGUUUUUCAUUGUAGCGUGGGGCGUUGCUCGCAAACGAGCUCAAGAACAAUGCGCCCAAGAUUGCCCAGUGGACACACUCGGCGCUGCUGGCCAACGCCGGGCUCAUGAAGCUCGGGUACGUGACCCGGCACAACACGAAGGACAGCCAGUCGCAUGUGAUUCUGGCCACCCAGUCAUACAACCCCGUGGACUUUGCACAGCAGACGUCGCUCAACCUGACCAAUGCGUGGGGUAUCAUCAAGAUGCUCGUGGAGCUGUUUAUGGAGCAGCCGGAAGGCAAGUACGUGAUGAUGAAAGACCCGAACAAGCCCGUCGUUCGCAUCUACUCUGUCCCGCUCGACACAUUUGAAGACGAAAACGGCGGUGACGAUGACGACGAAGAUGACGAAGAAGAUGACGAUAAUCUGGACGACGACGACGAGAUUGACGAAUAAUAUAUUGAACCCCACACGUCGUCGCAAAUUGACUUU